GCUGUGUCCUCAAAACAUCAGGACCCAGAAAACUAAAUAUGAAUAGCUGAGGCUUUGUUUUAUAUUUAUCUCAUUGUGAUCAUGAACAGUUGAGGUUGAGUCGAUUCACGCCCAGAUCAAUGAAAAUGGGGCGUUCACUCGUUGCUUGGUGUGGUCGAGUAAAUUAACGGAGAGAUAAACUUGCUGUUAUGACAGCCACUGUCUUCUUUAAGCAGCAGGUCAGCUGGAUUUAGGAUUUCAAUAGGAGAAAAAGCGUUGCGUCACUGAUUUAUUAAACUUGCCCCAAAACAAGUCUGAACCUGUCUUCUGCAACACUUCAGCUGAAAGCUUUGCUUACGUGAUUCGGGGGGAUGCUUGCAGGAGCAGAUGCAGUACAUGAUGAGGUCACUCCAAGACCUGAAGCGACUGCGGAAAGCCUGCCCCGAGGCCAGGCGGCCCCUCGGCCCCCUCAACACCCAGCUCCCGGCUUUGGCGCGCCACUCGGCCCUGGCGCGAGCUUGUCAGCAGCGGGCGCUGCAGCGGGAGCAGCGAGCCCGCCUGCGCAUGUCCGACGCCAGCACGGCCAGCACCUACGACUCGGCCUGCUGCCUGGUGAGCCCCCUGGAGGAAGAGGAGGAGGAGGAUGGUGCGAGCGGGCGGAUGAGCUUGAGACGGGAUCUGCGCUCCCCCAGCAGUCAGAAAAGUCUGGAGUUUGAUUCGGGAUACUCUGAGGCCUCCUGGCAGGACGACGGCGUGGUCCUCAGGAGGACGAGGAACGUGCGCGUCUCGUCCUCCGCCUGCCUGCGGACAAACCGAGCUCAGAGCUGUCGCAUUCGACCCAAAUCCACUUCUGACGCCUGUCUGGAGACAUGGACUUCAUUCGAGGUCGGUGACCCAGAGGACUGGACUAACUCCUUACUGACCAGAGGGCGCAACCGCCAGCCUUUGGUUCUAGGAGACAACAGCUUUGCAGACCUCAUACAGAACUGGAUGGACCUGCCUGAUUGUCCUGAACCCAAAGAGCUGCAGCCAAACUCCAGACAAAAACUGGGGCGAGGCUUCUUCGGCAACAUGAGGAGGAAGCUGACCGGUUUUUCCAAAAGUGUGGAGGACAAGGUGCGGAUGAGGUCUACGGACUCUUCUCACGUGAACAGAACUGCCAACGCCUCGAAGCGUCUGUCCUGUCCGGUUGCAGCGUCGCAGCCCAAAGUGCCGUUCUUCCAUCAGUCCCACUCAGGCAUCAAUCAGAUCGAUACAGACUUCUACCACUUUGCAGCCGUCAUGAAGUCCGGCAGCCGACAACCAAUUAUAUGCAAAGACAUUAUUGGUUACAUCUAACAGAGCUGUAAACAAACUGGAAAAUCCUCAGAGUCACUUUAUUUUUAUAUUAUUUCACAUUUUGGACGGGACUGUGAAACUGAAAUGUUCUCACGAUUAAAACCCCACAUCUAUUUAUGUUAUAUUUUGCAUGUGACACAAAAAGUAUGUUAGCUGAUUUGAUUUUGAAUCCAGACCAAAAGAAGGUUUUUAUGACUGAUUGUGGAUUCCUCUGUUUUUUUUUUUUUAUAUUUUUUUUAUUUAAUUUUUUUAUGUAAGACACUGGGUUAUAUCUGCAUUUGAAGCUGCCUGGUUCAGUGUCAUUGUUUAAUAAAUGAGAGAAUUCCAAAUAAAAGUGAUAUCACACA